UGUAGUGGAUAACACAAAACAUCCGUCCACGGUCCAGCUGCUGCAUCAAAAUACCGAAUUUUGUUCAGUUGUUUCCGACGGGAUCUGGGACUAUAUAGUGCCUCCGGAAUUAGUCACAGGGAGUUUGCUUAAGAUCAGAACAUCAUCAUGUGGCGGGCUUUAGCAAGAGGUGCUUUUCAAGCGAAGCAGAGAUCUCAAAGGGCUCUCAGUACGUCAUCUCGCUGCAGCAGCCAACAAGCAGGGAGCGGUGUGCCCUAUGACACCCUUCAGAGCUCGGAUAAAUCUCAUCCUAGUUCCGUACCGGAAUCGGCAGAUGUUGUCGUCAUUGGUGGAGGGUCAAUCGGCUGUAGUACGUUGUACCAUUUGGCUAAGAUGGGAGUGACCAAUGCUGUGCUAGUGGAGCGGGACCAAUUGACGUCUGGCACCACAUGGCAUACUGGAGGUCUCGUUUGGAACUUAAGGCCCUCAGAUAUUGAGGUACGACUCCUGAAAUACAUGGCUCACCUCGUGCGUAGUGUCCUGGAACCGGAGACUGGCAUUGUUCCUGGGUGGAUUGAAAACGGAGGACUGUUUAUCGCUAAUAAUAAGGAACGCUUGGAUGAGUACAAGAGGCUUUCUACGCUUGGCAAGGUGUAUGGUAUUGAAUCACAUGUUCUGUCGCCAGAAGAGACCAAGAAGUUGUACCCUCUCCUGAACACAGAAGAUAUUUACGGCACACUUUACUCCCCUUCAGACGGGAGCAUUGACCCAGCUGGCUUCUGUACGGCACUCACAAGAGGAGCCACCAAAAGAGGAGCGAAGGUGGUAACCAACUGCCCAGUCACUGGUAUCGUUGUGGGUGAGGAUGACUUUGGUGUUAAACGAGUCAAAGGGGUUGAGACAGUAUCGGGAACCAUCAAGACACAAGUGGUAGUCAACGCAGCAGGAGUAUGGGCGCCCUACAUUGGUAAGAUGGCUGGGGUAUCAGUGCCGUUGACGGCAUUACAUCAUCAUUAUGUUGUAUCGGAACGCAUUGAAGGAAUUCACGGGAUGCCUAACGUGAGGGACCAUGACGCUUCAGUUUACCUCAAAGUGCAAGGAGAUGGGAUCGCAUUCGGUGGCUACGAAACAAACCCAAUAUUUUGGAAAGAUGUAAAGAAUGACUUUGCCUUCUCACUAUUUGAAUUGGAUUGGGACGUGUUUGGGUUCACCAUAGAUGGUGCUUGUAACCGUUUACCCGUCCUGGAAACUACUGGUAUCAAAUCCACAGUUUGUGGACCAGAAUCCUUCACACCGGACCACAAGCCAUUGAUGGGUGAAACUCCAGAAGUGAGAGGUUUCUACUUAAACUGUGCUAUGAAUAGCUCUGGGUUAAUGUUGGGAGGAGGUACAGGGAAAGAAAUGGCACACUGGAUCAUUAACGGUCGACCGGAGCUUGAUAUGUACGGCUACGACAUCAGACGGUUCCACCCCAAGGUGAGCCACCAUGCUAAGUGGGUCGACGAUCGAAGCCAAGAAGCGUAUGCCAAGAAUUACUCCACUGUGUUUCCUCAUGAUGAACCGUUAGCGGGCCGAGGAAUGAGGAAAGAUGCCGUGCACAAGGUCCUAGAAGAUGCUGGAUGUGUGUACCAAGAAAGACUAGGAUGGGAACGACCAGGCUGGUUUGCAACUGAUGGCCCGGCUCCGGUUUUGGAAUAUGACUACUAUGGUGCUUACGACAACCCAAAACAUGAAAACCAUCGCUAUGCAGAGCUCCUUCAGGACGAUUACACGUUUGACUUUCCAAAGCAUCAUGAUAUUAUUGGGAAUGAAUGCUUGUCUUGCCGUAAUGGGGUCGGCAUUUUCAACAUGUCGUACUUUGGUCAGUUGUACCUAACUGGACCAGAUGCUCAAAAAGCUGUAGACUGGAUCUUCACAAAUGAUAUGACCAAACCUGCAGGAUCUACGAUGUACACCUGCGCCCUCAACAAAGAUGGCGGAGUGGAGAGUGACCUCACAGUUUCCGUUGUCGAAAGCGGCACUGGCUCGCCGAUCGAUCCUUCCUUUGAUGGGCAUGGCUUCUACAUUGCCGCGGGAGGGGGCGUGACGCAGCAUGUCAAGACGCACAUGCAAACGGCGAUUCAAGACGAGCGAUUCGAUUGCACAAUCUUGGACCAUUCUGACGAUAUGGGAGUUUUGAGUAUCCAGGGACCAAAAAGUCGAGAAGUCUUGCAAUCACUGACAUCAACCGAUCUGAGUAACGAAGCGUUUAAGUUCAACACCCACAAACUGAUGACUGUCGGUGGUCACACGGUCCGCGCUAUACGUCUGUCGUUCGUCGGAGAGCUAGGAUGGGAGUUGCAUGUUACCAAUGAAACGUCCGUAGCCGUUUAUCAAGCGGUGAUGGAAGCUGGCGCCCGGUUUGGUAUCACUAACGGUGGCUACAGGGCUCUUGACUCGCUCAGUUUAGAAAAAGGUUAUCAUCUAUGGCGAACUGACCUCCGGCCAGAAGACACCCCUCUUGAAAGUGGACUAGGCUUUGUGUGCAAGUUAAAGAAGGAUACUCCAUUCCUUGGUAGAGAGGCAGUCGAAAAACAGAAAGCAGAGGGGAUCAGGAAAAAGAGAGUGUGUUUCACAAUUGACGAACAUCUACCUCUACUUGGCUUUGAAUGCAUCCGUCGUAACGACGAGGUCGUUGGCUUCAUACGACGCGGUGAGUUCGGUUAUCACAUCAACAAGAACCUCGGUUACGGCUACGUGAGUAAUCCCAACGGGGACGUCGUUACAAAUGAGUUCCUCACAGAGGGGACUUACACUAUCGAGAGGCUGGGCGAGGUCUACAAGGCUGAGCUUCAUUUAAAAAGUCCAUUUGAUCCGCAGAACAAACGCAUCAAGGGGAUUUACGAGUAGAAUUCAUAAUCGACCAAUGUCACAGGACCUUGAUGCCUGGUUCCUGUGAAUGCGAUUGCGAAUGCGAAGAAAAUAUUGACGUCACAACUCUGUUUGUUCGACACCCCCAAACAAAGAUAUUGAUAAAAUAGGCAGAUCGCCAACACAGGGGUUAUUUUGGUUCAGUUGGUAGAGCGCCGGUACAUUAAUCCGGGGGUCGUUGGUUCGAGUCCUACUCAAUUUUCUUCUUUCAAUGAAAAUCAACUCUGUUUUUGCUGUGAAUAAGAGUCGUUGAGCACAGCUCGAAUGUGGCGAAUUAUUCGUUGCAAAUUUGUGAUGUCAAUACUUGCUUUGCAUUCACAUUUUAAAGGUCACAAAGGCCAAGACCAUGGGCAACAGAGGCCCUGGGCAACAGAGGCCAUGGGCAACAAAAGGCCCUGGGGCCGAUGACACAAAGAUCUAAGAUUGAUCGUUACUGCAAAUCAAUCAUAGUUGCUAGGUGAAAUGUGAUGUCACAAUGCAAAUCAUUAUGGUGAUACUGACAAUUUGUCUUGCGAUUGAUAGUAUUGCUUUGCGAAAUUCACCCUUGGUUCCGGUGAAUGCGAAUGCGAAGAGAAUAUUGAUAUCCAACUCUGUUUUUCGCUCUUAAUCGCUCUUAAUCGCUAAACAAAGUGGUGUCACAAUACAAAUCACUAUGGUGAUACUGACAACUCAUCUAAAGAUGAAUCUUAAAAUUUUGAUGUGAUAGUUCAGGGUUGUUUAUCCGAAUUCCAACUUUUUAAAAUCUACCUGGUAAUCAUGGUGUUGUGAUUUGUUUCUUAAGUCGGGCUCUGGGUUCACCUUAUCUAGCAGACUGGAUGAAAAUUUGUAUUAUAUCAAUUUUACCUUUCUCAAAAAAUAAAUCCUUGAAUAAAAUAUGUAAGUAAUUUCAUAGGCAUAUUACUCUAUGGGAUUUGAACCCAAAAUGUAUUCUAUUAUAAUGUUUUACUAAAGAAUGCCUCAUGUAUUUUUGAAUUGUAUUUUUUCAAUCUAGACAGACUGGAUGAUUAUCGUGAUGUACUUCAAUAAAAUUAUGAAUACCUUUUUUCGUAAAA